AUGCUCAGGUGUCCCAAUCCAAACGACGAUACAGUGGAGUUGCUGCAAAAUGGUGUUUCCACAUCCAACCGUUUCUCCUUCGAGAUGUUUAUCUUCACUGCAAACUCCACCAAGGUUUACCUACACUGCGGUAUUUACCUUUGCCUUCUGACUGACAAUCACUGCUCAGUGAACUGUGACUCUGAACACCAUCAUAGAGAGAGGAGAUCUGUGGACAUCCAUGAUGGUACUUCCAUAUCUGUGGGUCCUUUGAUGUGGUCUGACAGUAGCAAAGAUGUGCUGGUGCCACGCCAAGUGCUAGCAUCCAGGUCUCCAUGUCUGCUGGGUUCUAUUUUGCUUAUUUCUCUGAUGAGUGUCCUGAUAUUCUUCUAGAAUAUUUCCACAGUGAAUUACCCUAAUGUUUUACACAUCAAGUUUAAUCUCUUUCUUAUCUCUUUCCCGAUGAACGUGCUACUGAUGCCAAACUGAAAUCAAGCUUUCUAUAAAUGUGUUCUUUGAUUAUGUAGAAAAUCACAACCUUUAAAAUGUUUUAUAAAUGUGAGGAUAAAGUAUAUUAAAUAA